AUGUUUGUCAGAGCAGGUUUGCAGAAUUUCCUGUUGCAACAGAAGAGGGGUACUGGAGAUACUGGACAAUUAGAUAAGGCAACAUUUACACAGACAGACAAGGAUAGGGAUAGCAACAACCACAAGGACAAAAGCAAUAAGAGCAGGAUUCACCCACCCAAUCCUAUGGAGCAGUUGAUUACGCUUUGGAUUUUGUUUAUCCUCACUAUAGUCGGUAAUUCAGUUGUCCUAUAUCUCACCUGGAAUGAGAGGAAGAGGAAAUCCCGUAUGACCUUCUUUGUUACUCAGCUUGCGAUCACUGACUAUCUUACAGGUAUUAUAAGCAUCAUGACAGAUAUUAUAUGGAGGUUUACUGGAAAUUUCAUGGCUCCUGAUGUUGUGUGUCGAUUAGUCCGCUACUUACAGGUUGUUCUUCUGUAUGCUUCUACAUAUGUACUAGUAGCACUAAGUAUAGACAGAUAUCACGCCAUAGUUCAUCCAAUGAAGUUCCUUCAAGGAGAAAGACAAGCAAAAGUAUUGAUCGCAGCAGCAUGGGCACUGUCAUUUCUGUUUUCUAUCCCUACCCUGAUUAUAUUUGGAAAAAUUCAGCUUUCUAAUGGGGAAAUACAAUGCUGGGCCCUUUGGCCUGAUAACUCAUACUGGAAACCUUAUAUGACAAUUGUUGCCUUUCUUGUGUACUUUAUACCCCUGAUGAUUAUAAGCGUAAUUUACUUCAUCGUUAUACGUACAAUAUGGGCAAAGAGCAAAGCACAUGCUGUGAUAGUUUCUAACUGCAGCGAUGGAAAUUUUUGUGCCAGCUAUAGUCAUCGGGGACUUAUAUCAAAAGCCAAAAUGAAAGCUAUCAAAUAUAGCAUUGUAGUUAUACUUGCAUUUAUAUUAUGCUGGAGUCCAUACUUUCUCUUUGACAUACUGGAUAACUUUGAAAUGCUACCUGAAACCAAAGAACGUGUCUACGCAUCUGUGAUCAUUCAGAAUUUGCCAGUUUUAAACAGCGCUGUAAAUCCAAUCAUUUACUGUAUUUUCAGCAACAAGCAUUGUCGUCUAUCAAGGUACAGAAGUUCAGGAAAGCUUGCUGGCACUUUUAGAGAUAAAACAGAAGGAUUUGAAAUGCAAGUUGUAUCAAGACCAGAAUAUAUCUAA